CGGGACGCAGUUUUCACAGUAAGCUAAAAACGGCACGCAGGUUUCUAAAGAGUGGCGAGGAUUUCAACGUUAGCUUAAUUUUUCCGCGCUAAGACCAGCUAAAAAACGACACGUGGCAAUCGUGUUCCUCAAUGGUCUCUUUCGUCCAAGACCAGAAAAGAGAAGAAAUGUGGCCACUCUAGAAUCCGUCGCAUCUCGAUUCAAAGCUAUUGAUAAUUUCGUCUUCUUCUUCCAUGGAAUAACGUGUUUAGGCGUGUAUCACAUGGUUCUUUCUUUGUGUGACACAAAACCAACAUAAAGCUUCCAUACGAUUUAGACAUUGUCGAUCGCUAUUGUAAGAUCUGGUCUGGGUCCUCGAUUUUGGUGAGGAUUGUCGGGUGGAACAAAACUCUUUCUUAAAGGCUCUGCAGAAAUUAAUUCUCUGCUCUGGCUGGAUCUGAUAGUGAUUUUACAGAUUGUUCAGGUCAGAAAUGGGCAAUCCGGGAUCAGACACAGAGAGAAACAAGGGAAAUGUGGUCUCAAGUGUGUUUGAUCCUGCACUCUCUCGAUUCGUUGGAUUUUCCCAGAAACUCCAAACUCGUCUUAAGUCCCAGCUGAAGAAUUUGACAGAUGAUAAGCAUGGGAUUGGUUCUUCAUGGAGGCAAGAUAAAGGAAACUCAUCGAUCUCCAUGCAAAUUGAUCUGGAGAAACAGUUAGAUUGUUGGAGGGAAAACCCUUCGUGGACUGAUCAGAUCCCAGUCGUUAAGGUGGGUAUUCCAAAAGGAUCGCUUUGCAAUCUUAAAGCCGAGGUGAAUGUUGGUUUACCUCCUGAUGCAGUCUAUAACAUUGUAAUUGACCCUGACAAUAGAAGAGUCUUCAAGAAUAUCAAGGAGGUUAUGUCGCGGAAAGUAUUGGUAGAUGACGGGUUAAGGCAAGUGGUGGAAGUUGAACAAGCAGCUUUGUGGAGAUUUCUCUGGUGGUCAGGAACAAUCUCAGUUCAUGUCUUGGUGGAUCAGGAUCGGGCAGAUCACUCUAUGAAAUUCAAGCAAGUGAAAAGUGGAUUCAUGAAGAGAUUCGAAGGAAGCUGGCAAGUAAAGCCUUUGUUUGUGGAUGAACAUAUGUGCGAUCGUUUGAAACCGAAAACGCUGGAGGAGUAUAACAGGUGCACUGGAGGUAAAGGGAGGAUCGGAUCUAAGGUAACGCUGGACCAGCUAAUACAGCCAGCGAUUGUUCCACCUCCGCCCAUUUCUUGGUAUCUCAGAGGAAUCACGGCUAAGACGACAGAGAUGCUUAUCCAUGACUUGUUGGCUGAGACCGCCAGGAUCCGUGCAGCUGGAGUAAUGGAGGAUGGUCACUCGCCCGAUGAGCAACGGAUUGGCACACCUGGAGAUAUAAAAGAAAGAUGGUCUGCACAUAGAAGAACAUCAAGGAGACGACGCAAUGAUUUGUGUUAAGUCACAGACUCACACAGUCCAUGAUUCUGGGAUAAUAGAUAUCUUGAGGAUUUUUGGAUCACCCAGCAAUAUGUGAACAUAAUAUAAUAUUUGUUUUCAUAAGAUACACUGGCAUAUAAAUGUGGGAAUCUAUUCCUUGUUGAAGAAGUUUACAACCAUGACUCAAUGACUCAUGACCAUUACAACCAUGACUCAAUGACCAAUAGUGAUAUGAAUUUUCAAAUAUACAAAAUUUCUAAUUCAUUUAUUUUGGUAAAGAAAGAAAGAUAUUUCUGUGAUGAAAACGAUGCAGACGUGAAAAUAGGAUACGCAAAAACAAGAAAGCAAAACAAUCAAUCAUAUUA